UAAUAUAUUUGCAAACUUUCAAUAUGUCAUAGCAAUUUUCGUAUUAUUCCGUUUAUUAAAUGAAUUUAAACUUAUAAAAUAUGUAACAUUUUGUAAAAAAAACUCAUAAAUUAUGAUAUCAUUGCGAAUAUAGUAUAGAUAGAAAAAAAAGUUAUAAAAUUGUAUAUUAUAUUUAUUUAUUCAUAUUGAGUAUGCAUGGUUUCAUUUAAUUUAUUGGUGGUAAAAUGUCCACGUCAGAAUCUGGUGUGGGAUGUAUUAGUGAAGUAACACUUGCAAUUAGUAAAGCAAAAGGUUCUCAAUCAGGCACUGUUAGAGCAUUGGAUAGUCCGGACUCUGAUGGAUCUGGACAUUCAAACUCAUUUACUGUGCAACGGUUUAACUAUUCUAAUAAUGAUAGUGCAAACUCAGAUAUUUUGCACCCUCCAUUAACUAGUGAUGAUUUAAGAAUACCAAUUGUUGGAUAUGAAGUUAUGGAAGAAAGAGCUAGAUUUACAGUUUAUAAAUUACGAGUAGAAUUAAAAAAUGGAGAUUGUUGGUUUGUAUUUAGAAGAUAUACAGAUUUUGUUCGUUUAUUAUCACAAUUAAGAAGGCAGAAAAUUCCAAUUUCACAAUUAAGCUUACCAAGAAAAAAAUGGCUUGGUGAUAAUUUUGCACCAAGCUUUUUAGAAGGAAGAAUACGCGGUCUUCAAGCAUUUGUUAAUGGAAUAUUAAGCAGUCCUCUUCUCAUAGGAACUGCAUGUGUGAGAGAAUUUUUUUGUUUAGAUGAACCACCUGCUUUAUCUGAUACUGCAGAAGAAUCUAGAGCAAUUUUUGAAGCAUUAGAAGAUACUAUAUAUCAUUUAAGACAGCAAUUAAAAGAAAGAGAUUCUGCUCUUGCAGCAGAAACAGCUUUAUGUAAUGAAUUUCGCAAAAAAUUACAUCAAAUAUUAAGUGAAAGACAAACUUGUCCAAAAUGUGGUGCAUCUCAGUAGCAGUUUCUUAUAAACUAGAAACUUAUAAAUUGAUAUUGAUAAAAUAUUUUAUGCAAAGACUAGUAUAAAUAAGCAGUUUCAUUUCUGGUGUUUGAAUUGCUAUAAUAUAAAUAAUUGUUAUUCGUUGAAAAUGUAUUUAGAGUAUAUUUUAUGCAUUUCAUUACGCAUUUUUGUUCCACUAAUUUAUACUUAUAAUUUAUACUAAAAUAACUUAAUUUUUAUGCAAAAUAUGUAAGAUGUAUAUAAAAUUCUUAACAUAUAUAUUAACAAUAAGUACAUUGAGCUUUCUUAGUAUUAAACUUAUAACUUUGUAUGUAAUUUUUUGAAGCCUUAUACAGGUGCCUUAUACAACUUUAAUAGAUAAAUAUUGUAUAUGUCAUAUAUAUAGUCAAAAAGUUGACAAGUAAAUAUUUACAUGAUUGUAAAUGUUUACAAUUUGACUACGAAUAUAUGCCAAAGUAUGUUAAUCUUUGGUAUUUUAUAAAAUUCUAUGUAUUUUGUAAUAUUUUACAUCGUAUAAAUAAUGAUUACGUUUGUCGAAUUAUAAUUGAUAUUAAUAGUAUUUAUUGUCAUCAUAAUACUGAAAUAUUGAUAUUAUUGUAAACUUUGAUAUUAC